AUGGCGUCAUCUCCAACUUCGGCACGUCUAGGUCCUUCCUCUGAGGAUGGCGAGCUCACAUCGAAUCGUGGAUUCUCCAAGCGCGGUGAUGGCUUUUCCAUUCAGGAAACCGAAGGUCUGCUUCAAGAGGUGCGUGACCGCUGGCAAGAAGGUUGGGACGCGAUUGCCGAUGCGCACAACGCGCAAUUCCCGGGCCACAAGCGCACUGCUGGCUCGCUCAAGCGCAAGUUUGCCAAGCUCUACCGCACCAAGAUCGACACUACAACAAAAGAAAAACAUGCAAGAGCGGCUGCAAUUGCGAAGAAAGUGCGUGAGGAGAUGCGUAGCCAGCGACGAGGUCUUGCGAGUGCCCGUGGGCUCAGCGUGGAUCUCGUGACUGAGACCGAGGGUAGCGUAGGCGUGCAAGAGAUCCACGAGGAUCUGAAAGACGUGGAUAAGAUUUCUCCUCAUCCAGAAACAACGCACCAUUUUUUACCGGAGGUUACAGAGACGGCUGGUGAGCACGAGCUGCGACAGACGCUGCAUCAAAGCAUACAGCCAAUGACUCAAGAGACACCGCUACGAGAAGAUGCGUGGCAAAGCCUUAUUCGGUGGCCUAUUGCCGGUGAGCGACUGCGCACAUUGCGGUCACAGAUGGAGAGCAACGAGGCAACAUCGAGUCAAGACUUGCUGCAGACGGUAUUGCUAGUGUUGCUAGAGUCACAGCGUCAGCGUGACUUUGAGAGGGAUCAGGAACGCGAGGAGCGUCGGCAGGAAAAGCAGCGCUGGCAGGAAGACAUGCGUGAGCAACGUCGUCGAUACGAGCAGGAGCGUGUUGAGGACCGGCGCAGGAAUGAACAAUUUAUGCAGGUGAUGACAACGCUUGUAGCACAGAUUGCAGCUGGCCAGCAACAGCGUGGCGGCUUGAAUUGA